GCGGGCCGCGCCGGGCGGGGAUCGCUCUCCGUCCCAGGUGUGCGCAGGGGGCUGUGAGGGGCCCUGGUACCCGCUGAGGCGGGGCGGGCUGCGCUCCCCCUCGGGCCCCGCUCCCGGCCUCCGCCCGAAGCCGCUGUAAUUACCCCCUGGAGCGAGGUCCCCCUCGGUGCAGGUGGGGUCCCGGUGUGCAGCUGUUGGUAGGGCCUCCAUGGGGGGGCAGGGCGAAAGGGGGGUGGUGGUGGUAGGGGUUACCGUAUUUUAUUCCGCAAUUAUUGCUGCUAACGAGGCAGGGAGGGAAAGCGCUUCCCGUGUGCAGAGUCGGCUGCAGCCUCCCAGGCCUGCAGGAGGGAGCAGCGGCAGGCCCGGCCUGUUUGCUCUGCACAGCCUGGCCUGGGCCCGGCCCUGCUGCCAGGGCCCUGCUGCUUGGCAUGAGGUGCCCCGGUCGCUGCCCUGGGGAGCGGGCGGCACUUCUCAUCAGGUUAGGCAAUAAACCUCCGUGGCAUUUCCAGACCGGCCGGGCCUGCUGUGAAGGAAGGCAGGUAGCAACCCUGACACUUGGCCGAAUGACAGAUCCUCUCUGGUGACAGCAUGCAGCGAACUGGCGCUCAAUGUAGGGGGAACGCUUUCUGCUCAUUUUGAACCUGACGUGGUAGUGUUUGAGUAACGUGGUGUUUUCCUCAGGAGUUCUUUGGCUGCUGGUGAGAUUACAGAUCCUGCUCUUCUCCCCUGCAUGGGAAGGGCUAUUGGCCCCAUCAGAUUUUAAUGUUCAGGCUGUAAUCUUAAUCUGUUCCUCAUAGUCCUGCUACAGGUGCAGGCUGAAUGUAUCUUGUGAGCAGAAUCUUGUGGUAAUGAGUUUCUUGGGCACAUCCCACGUCAGUUCAAAAUAUUCUUGUAAAUGUGCAUCACAGAACUUUGCUGAAAGGUUAAAAUGUCUGUGUAGUAUUGCGAUGAGACUGAUGAUACCUUUUUUCUCUCUCUUUUUCUUUUUUCUUUUUUUCAAAAAAAAAAGUACCUAAAACAGUGGAAAUACUUGAAAGCUUCCUACUAAUAAGAGGCUGUUUCGAUGUAGUCCUUAUUGCCUGGUUUACAGACAUAAAGAGAAUUACGUUUAUUGCUGCCAAUCUUACAAACCAUUUUAGUUCUGAUAUACUAGCUGUGACUUUUUUUGUGUGUGUUUCAUUCUGUGUGACCAGUGAUAAUUGGCUAGCCAAACUUUUUUUUUUUCCCCUGUCUAUAGUCAGUGUCCCAUUUUGGUUUGGUUGUGUGAAGGUGGUGCUGGUGUGUUUUGGUUCAUAAUCUUGCAGGGAAGUGUGCAGGGAGGGUCAUCAAUCUGUAGCAGUGUUUGGUGGCUUUUGUGUGUGUGUGUCUCUUGUUUUACUUAUAGAGCAAUAUUUGAACUUUUGUCCUUGCCCUGUUGAGCAAAAGUGAAAGUUACAUACUAGGUACAAGCUUCUGCAAUCAGUUACCCUUUCUAACUUUUUGUAACCGUAGGCUCCUUGUUCAGAGGAGACUAGGUUAAAAAUCAUAGUAACAUUAAAAAAUAAAUUGGAAGUGGUUCGAAGCAUCCUCAUUUCUUAGUAUCAGUAAAAGAAUUUCAUUAUUAAAUUGUAACAGAAACAUUUAUUUAUGCAGUCACCUCCAUAAAAGGCAGUGUUAAUUAAAUCUGUUACUGACCAACCACAGGCUUCAGCCAGAACCUCUUCUCCGCUAUCCCAGGCGUGGAUGGAGAGCAUGAUAUCCUACUAUUAUUCCCACAGAUGUUCACGGAAGACACUGAGAGAAAGGAGCAGGAGUGUAUGCGAUAGUCCUGUCUCAGCACAGUACAAGUCUAGGUUUGAAUUGUUGCCACCUUGAAAGCUGGGCUGUAUUUUAAAUCUUAAUAGUCCCACCAAAAUAAUGUAAUUUCACUUUUAACUAGUCCGUGGCAACAAGUACAGGUUUACAGAAUAGCUUUUGGAAUGUUCUAGCACUCAAAUGGAGCGUUGCAUUCAGCGUAAUGCUCAGAGGCACUGCCCUCUUAAUUGCAGGGUUUUGGUAGGCCUAAUAUUGCCACACCAAGCCAUAUGGGGGAAAAUACAGCCCAGUUCUUGUUCAUAAGUUUUAGUUCUGUGGGUUUUUCCCCCUUCCCCAGAACCCUUGAUCUUGAAGAUGGUGAGUAGCCAGCCUAAGUACGAUCUAAUACGGGAGGUUGGUCGUGGCAGUUAUGGUGUGGUGUACGAAGCAGUCGUCAGGAAGACCUCUGCACGGGUCGCGGUGAAAAAGAUUCGGUGCCAUGCUCCAGAGAACGUGGAACUAGCUCUGCGUGAGUUCUGGGCACUUAGCAGUAUCAAGAGCCAGCAUCCCAACGUCAUUCACCUGGAGGAGUGCAUCUUGCAGAAAGAUGGUAUGGUGCAGAAGAUGUCCCAUGGCUCCAGUUCCUCCCUUUAUUUACAGCUUGUAGAGACCUCAUUAAAAGGAGAAAUAGUCUUUGACCCCAGAAGUGCUUAUUACCUCUGGUUUGUAAUGGAUUUCUGUGAUGGAGGAGAUAUGAAUGAGUAUCUGUUGUCCCGAAAGCCAAACCGCAAGACCAACACCAGUUUCAUGCUUCAGCUCAGCAGUGCGCUGGCAUUCCUGCACAAAAAUCAGAUUAUUCACCGUGAUCUCAAACCUGACAAUAUUCUGAUAUCUCAGAGCAGGAUGGACACUAGUGACUUGGAGCCUACGCUGAAAGUAGCUGAUUUUGGCCUGAGUAAAGUAUGUUCAGCCUCAGGACAGAAUCCUGAGGAACCAGUCAAUGUAAAUAAGUGUUUUCUAUCAACUGCAUGCGGGACUGACUUCUAUAUGGCCCCCGAAGUCUGGGAAGGACACUAUACUGCCAAAGCAGACAUCUUUGCAUUGGGAAUUAUAAUCUGGGCAAUGUUGGAAAGAAUCACAUUCAUAGAUACGGAAACAAAGAAAGAACUUCUGGGGAGUUAUGUCAAGCAGGGGACAGCGAUUGUGCCUGUUGGAGAGGCGCUUCUGGAAAACCCGAAAAUGGAACUGCUCAUCCCCGUAAAGAAAAAAUCCAUGAAUGCUCAAAUGAAACAGCUGAUCAAGGAAAUGCUGGCUGCCAACCCGCAGGACCGACCCGAUGCUUUUGAGCUAGAACUGCGAUUAGUCAACAUAGCUUUUAAAGACAGCAGCUGGGACACGUGAGCUGCCGAGUCAUGUUUCCCUUGAUAGAGCUCCUUCUCACCUAACUGAUGGUGCAACUUAACAGCAGUAAAAGAAACCAGCCUGAUCUCAAACAUGCAGGGUGUAGUUUCUACCAAAUGAAUCCCUUCUGAGUUUCAUACACGACACGAAUGUUGAGUUGGCCAUUGUGUUAACGAUGCGUUGCUGUGUAUAAUACCAGGAUGUUACAUGCAAGUGUAAGAUGUGACGAUGUUCGUUUGUGUAUGCUGGCAGUGGGAUGUCUUAAGAGCUGAGGCUUGAUUUCCAGCACUAUGUCAUGGAGUAUUUCCUACAUUCCAGUUUCCUAUGUCAGUAUUAGGAACUCUCAUGGAAGAAGAGAUUUGCAUGCUGGCAGUGCAAAUCUUCAGGCUUUGUAAAGUAAUUUUGUGUAUAUAUUUAUGUAUACAAGUGACUGGGAGUGUAUGCCGCUUUCCUUAAAUUAUUUGCUAUGGGUCUGAAUGAUUGGGGUCUGUUAGAAAACUAGGCGAAGAAGAUAGAUGAGAAGCAUUCCUUCUUCUCCAGGCCUGAUUAACUUUAUUAUUUAUUUUUAUCUAAUGUUAAAGAUAGGGUCUGAGACUUGACUUUGUAGACAAAAAAAAUGCAAUGCAAGGGGAUCAGAAGUUCAAGUGCUGACAUGGCCAAGCUUAGCACUUACGGCUGAAAGAGCUUGUCACUGAGGGAGUCAAAUCACAAAUGUAAGCAAUCAGGUACUAGCAUGUUGGCUAGUUCAUUAAUCAUUUGAUUUUUUGCUUUCUUCUAGUAGUCAAAUAUUUUAUUAAUCAGUUAAUCUACAGUUUCACAACAUGCUCGCUACUCUUGUGUCUAUAAUCCAACCCGGGUACUUCAGGUAGGGGAGUAUGGUGAGCUUAGGUUAUGGAAACAUGGAUGAGGGAAUCCAGCAGCAUGGAAUGUUUCUUUUUAAGAUUCUUCAAAAUAUGGUUGCAGCACAGUUCCCAUUAACUGAACCUAAUAAUACUGGUCGUGGUGUCUUCCUUUCUGGCACUGACUCUGACCUGGCCAUGAUGAGGAGAUAAAGGGGUGACUGUCUUGUAGAACACACCUAUUCUCAAAUAUGUGAGAACACUCAGUAACUGGUAUGUGAAAGGUAUCUCUGAUUUGUGUGGCAGAUUUUUUUGUUUGUUUUCUUCCUUUUAAAGAAGUAAUAUUUAUUUAAAGCCAGGGACAGUAAGAUGGAAAGCUUGGAAGUAGCUGAAAGGCUGUUUAUCCCGAGCUCUUAUUCCACACAAGCAGAUCGAUCUGCUCAGAGAGGUUUCAGGAAGGCCACCAGACCCUGUACAGCAGACAGAAGCUGCUGUGUAACAGUGUAACCUUCGUUCUUUUGGGAACAGGACCGUGACCCUUCAUCAGUUUGACCUUUUGGAAAAAGUAUUUUUCAAAACAAUUUUUAAAAUUUCAAAAAAGUGAAAAAAAUACCCUUUAAAGGCAGCUAUAUUAAAGCUGCAACAAAGACUGGUUUCCUUAAUAAAAUCAAUUUAAUGUCUUUUCUCCCCAGAUCUUAACCUGAAAACUGCCAUAAGUAUUCCCUUGUGUAACAUGCUUCUCAGGUGCUGUUGCCUGUUAGUGCUGCGAGAGCAGUUCUGAUCAGUCAGUGUUUAUUCUGCCCAAGUGUGAAUAAACAGCACAAAAUAUAAUUUUUCUUCCAAAAGCAAAGGAUUCUGAUUCUACCAAACUUCUGAGGCUUUAUAGGCUACAGCUGGUUCUUACCUGGUGCUGUGUAGAGCUGGUGACAGUUACCCAGGGGGCCUUAGCCCUUAAUUCUUGUUGUUUUGCUUCACUUCAUUGUUUAAGGCAAGCUGUCUAAACGGUGAUUCUUGGACAAACAUACUUUGCUGUCUUAAACCAAUAUUUAUUGCUCAGAAGCUGCUAUAGCAGUAACUUACAGAAGACAGUUUUCCUGAGUACAGCAGAGUGCCUUUGCUUCAGCGUAGAUUGGCAGGGACGGAGGCGGCUCCAUCGUGCUGAGGGUACAGCCUGUUGCCUGUCCCAGUGUCGCUCCUUCCCUGCAGAGAGCUUAGUCUGUAAAAAGCCUGUCUGUGAGUAACAAUAAGGCGAGAUCUGUUUGUUCUUAUGUUCUGCAAGUGGAGAUCUGUUUGUUCUCAUAUUUUAACUGACUCCAGUACAAUUAAAGCCUCAGCUUCUUACUGAAAGGAAGAAAACAAACCUCUUGCUGUCUGUGCCAACACUGUUUCCACAGUACUUAUCGAAUAACCAUGUUGAAACAUGAGUAAAGUUUUAAGAGGUUAUAUAAUUUUUCAUGUUAAACUUGAGAGCUUUUCAAAAAUACAUUGUUACCUUCCUUGUCUCUCCUGCCCACCCAAAAGUCAGAAUCAGCCAUGUUAUCUUAAAGUACCAAUCAACUACAGAAUAAUACUACUUACCUUUGCAAAUCACUUGAUUCUCCCCUGAAGUAUUUCAAAGGAUGAACACCAAAUGUGCUGCCUGGCUGCCCUGCAGAAAGGAGUGCUAGUGAAUGGCACAGGAAAGGCUUGGUUUGGGUUUUUUGACUCCCAAAGUGUUUCUUUGCACUGAUUGCCACUUUAAAGGGUGGGGGUACCUGAAAUCCCUCUCAUGGUGCUUAGCCUUGCUGUUGGGUGACACUGAGUGUUUCCUUGGUUAACACUGAAUGGUAGUCCUCGAGGUCUGUGUUCUGUUUGAUUGGGUUUUUUGUUGUCUGAGGUCUUUGUUUUAAAACCUUUCAUAAAUCAAUUUUUUGUAGCAGCUACAGACUUAUUCACCAGCGUGACACAAAGUCAAGAUACUUUUCAGGACUCAGAAAAGAUUUUUUUUUUCAAAUCUUUCUUUAAAAACUGUAAAAUAUAUUUUAUGGAGAGUUUAUAAUGAGGAAAAUUGUGUAGUUUAUUAAGUUCAUGACUGUUUUUGAAAUAAAAUCUGAAUUUGGAUGAA